AAAUGGUUUAAAAGAGCGAUUUAUUUUUUGUUUUUGGCCACAGCAUUCCGGAACCGCAUCGCUUUCUUCGCACAAAAAUGGCUCGCUUGUGCUACUUGCUCUUUUUCGUCUUAACAGUGCAAGGUUUUGGGGUAAUGGGAUUUCUACAAGGCUGCAAUACGAGUAAAUGUCAUGAUUUGGAAUUAAGGAGGGAAAUGGAGAAUAUAGGCUACGUGCCAACCACUGAAGAACAACUGAAUAAAUUAUGCCCACCUGCUUUGAAGGCAGUGCAAUGUGCAACAGAAACUAUACAGGGUUGCGUAGGAAGACCCCUUACCGAAUUGUCAACUUCCGAUAACAAGACAGUCGCUGGAUUUGCACAUGGAGUAGUUUCCACCGGGAAUCUCAUUAUCGAUAUCUGCACUCCAGGAUCUGACUUUCGUGACAGCUACCUGGCCAACGUAGUUUGCUUUAAAGAAUUGGUGACCGAUCCUGAAGCUACAAUCAAGUGUCAUCAACAAGGUAUGAAUGUGUACAAUUCAUACAAGCAAUCAAGGGAUGCUCUGAGUAACGAAAUUACUGAUGAGGACGAAGAAAGGGAAUCUUGCAUGGUGACAGCCUACAGGUUGGCAUGUUUUGCUUCUAAACUCCAUGACAAAUGUGGCGAAAAUGCACGCAAAACAUUCGUGGACACUCUGAAGAAAUUCCAAUAUCUGAAAUGGAGUGAUUGCACUGAAGCACACAUUCACAAUCUCAAAACGGAAUUCCUGGAGUCCCUUCAACUAGAAGAGCAGAGGAAAAAUAUAUUUUCUUCAGUUUUCGAAUCGAAGAAACGAAGGAAAUAAAUUAUUGAUUUAAAUAAUUUUGAAUAAAAAGUCCUUUUGAAUACUGAUAUCAUGUUCCAUUCAAAUAAACGAUCUGUCACAA